AUGGCUACAUUCUGGACCUAUGAUUAUGCUCAUUCAGUUUGCGAAGAAUGGACACUCCUCCUUCACUCGCGCUGGACCAAGGUAAAAGGCCUUUAUAUCAUCACGCGACAUGUGCCCUUUGUCAUCCUCGCCAUUGAGCUAUAUCAGCAAUUGACGCCGAACGAGAACCUCGAUAAAUGCCGGAUGUCGCUCAAUCUUUACUCAUUAUUCGGCAUAAUAUCAGUCGCUUGCUCUGAAUUGUUUUUCAUUCUUAGAACAUAUGCGCUCUGGAACAAUAAUAGAAUCGUACUGGCAGUCAUGUUGUUCGCCUUUCUCGCUGUUCUGGCUGCGUGCAUCGUUGUUGGUUUCGUCACCAUUGGCGCAUCACAAGUUACAACUAGCGCAAUCACGGGCAUCACAGGCUGCUACCAGACCUCGACUAAUCUCAGCUUCAUACAAUUUCUUCUCUUGUUUGUAUUUCAACUAGGACUCAGUUCCCUCACGCUCGUACGUGCCAUACAGAGCUGGCGGACGAACAACGGCCCUCUAUACGCCAUCCUGGUCAAGCAUAACAUAUUCUACUAUGCAUCCGUUCUUUCGGCCGUCAAUGUCCUUGUAUUAAUAUUGUUUUCUGAUUCCGUGUAUCGCUCCGUCCUCCAAAAUUUUGAGUUCUUGAUCCUUGCGAUCCUCGCCACGCGCAUGCACCUCCAUCUUUGGCAGAUCGACCGAGGCGCACACGGCUCUAAUGCCCUUGGGAUGACUUUCAUGUCUGAUAUAGUCCUAGCGGACCCUAUAGCUUACUCUGCGUCGCUUGUGGAGUGACAUUGGAACGAGAUGACUGGUCUGGGUGGCUUGGUCGGGUUUGGGAGGCGUUCAACAUAUGGUAAUGCCUCUCUUGUCAUGGGCGGGAGGUGCGUUUGGUUGGCUUUAAUCUAUUUAACAUACAUGAGUGUUGAGUUUCCACUGGUAACAUUGUCCGUAGCGGAUCAUACGACGUAACGUCUCAUCGUGUGGCUUAUUCGGUGUCGUUUGUGUAAUGAGGUUACGUUACUGAACGAGGUAUGCUCACCAGCCG